CAUAUGUCAAAAUUCCAUAAAUUGUAUUGCAAUGCGCAUUCAGUACUCUGGUCCAGUCUUACUGAACGCGUAGAGGCGAUAAAACCCAAAAUAAAAUGAAUAAAGUGUUAACAGUUUUUGCGGUCGUUGUUUUAAUGAUUGCCACAAGGAAAGUGCUGGCAGAGGAAAUAAUGAAGGUACCUAUGGGUCUAGCGCUUGAAACCCUCGAACCGUUUGCCAUGAACUGCGAGCUUAAGCCUGAAAAAGCACACAUGGAAGAGCUUAUCUUGAAUAAAGAGGACGCGGACUUAAUAACGAAAUGUUUACGUGGCUGCCUCAUGGAACAGUUCCAAUUGUUCGUAGAAGACAGCACUGAUGUGAACACGGAGAAGUUACUGAGCUGGAUGGUACUCUUGUAUUCCGAAAAAAUUGAUGAACUCAGGGCAAUAUCCAAUGGUUGUAAUGCGAAAAAUGUUGAAAUGGGCAUUACUGAUAAAUGCGAGGUGGCGCAUUCGUAUGCCAUGUGCAUGCUGAAGGAAAUGAAAGAGCGCGAGUAUGAGAUACCCGAAGUGGAACAAUGAGUGGUAAUAGCAAAAUUGUUAUUUUUUUCUUGAAAAAUGUAUGUAGGUUUAAACAUUCGAAAUACUAUUUUCAAAAUAUAUUUGUAUAU